AUGGCCAUCACCACCACAACUCACGCCCACCCCCUCAACCACCCCCUCCACGCCCGCGCCGAAGGCUCCUGCAGCACAACGCACCUCCCCACCGAAUCCACCUACCUCUCCACCAUCCCCCUCUUCUGCCGGCACUUCUCUCCCCCCGCCAAAAUCAGCACCUCGUCCCCCGUGACACUCACCUACACGCUCCCGUCCUACUCGUCCCCCGACGUCAACUGGGUGUACAAGAUCAGCAUCCCGCGGAAGGGCGACAACGAGGCGAGCACGGAGGUGAACGAGGGGGACUGCGUGGCGAGGAUGGGGGAGGUGUUGACGGAGGGGAAGCUUGGGGGGGCGUAUUGUGUGGUUGAUGGGACGGAGGAUGUGUUGUUCAAGGGGGGGAGCGCGGAUGUGGCGUGGGGGGGUUUGGUGAAUGGGGGGGUGGUGAGGUUUGAGAGUUAUAGGAGGAAGGGAGAUCUUUAG